AUGGUCUCUUUUUGGCCCUGGAAGGGCGAUGACAACUCGGCGGCGUCCUUCGAAAAGACACUAUCGACCCUGUCUACCAAGAUUGCCCAGACCACCAAUCGUCUCGAUCAACAGCGCCAGAGCUCACGUCGCUUCAAGGCCCUUUGGACCCUUUACUCAACAUUUGCCUACCUUUUUUACUCCAUUGUCCUUGCGCUUGUGCUAGGAUGGGAAAGCUGGGGUGUGAAGGAGUAUACCGCCAUCGCCGGCGGUCCUGUUCUAAUCUACGGAGUCCGAACAAUCAGCGCUCGCCUGUUUGAUUACCGCAUCUCAAAGGCCCAGCGCGGUCUCGACGACCUACACAAACAACGCGAGGAGACUAUUGAAAAGCUCAAGGUCGCUACCAAAUACAACUCCACGCAGCAGCUGCUCGAGAAAUAUGGCGGCGAGUCUCCCAAGCAGUCUCCCAGCCCCAAGGCCGAGUCAAAAAACCCCAAGCAGGUCACCCCGCAACAGCCCGCACAGCGCACCGGACUUCCUCCUCCACCCACCGCGAACAUUCGUCGUCCUCCCAUGCAACCACCUAACGAUCCGGAAAGCAUGGCACCUCCCUCCUACCAGGCUACUGCCCAACAACAACAACAACAACAACAACAACCGCAACAGCCCAUCCCUAACACCCCCUCUCCAAUUCCACAAACACCCACCGACGAGCCGGGCUUUGCACCCAAUGCAUUUCCCAGCUCGGGUCAGUAUAUCGAGCAGCCGCACUGGUACGAUCGUCUUUUGGACGUACUUCUAGGUGAAGAUGAAAUGCAGCCGCGCAACCGCAUGGCCAUGAUCUGUUCGUCUUGUCGACUGGUCAACGGCCAAGCACCUCCGGGCAUCAAGACACCGGAGGAGCUCGGUCGCUGGCGAUGCGGAAGCUGUGGGGCGUGGAAUGGCGUUGAAAGCGAGACCACCCAGAUGCUAUCGAGCUUGCGUCAAGGGUCAGUCUCAGAGGGAUCGUGGGGACCAGGCUCCAGCGUUGAAGCGGAACUGCAAGCACAACCAAAGGUUGAGAGCAGUGGAGACUUGACUCCGCCGACAGAAGCAGAGCAGAGUACUGAUUCGGAGAUUUCACAAGUUGAGGGCAAGGUGGAAGAGCCUCAGGCGGAGCCUGUGCGCCGGUCCACACGGGGUAAGGCGAAACAGUAG